AUGAGAUACCACGGGCAGAAGCCCAUGGGAGGGUUCUGCAUUGUUUCCACUGUACAAUUUUAUUUCCCCUUACCCAGAUUAGCAAGACAUCUACAAAAAGAGGCCCAAUCUCAACACAACAACUCAGAAUUCACAGAAGAUCAAAAGAAAACCAUAGCUAAAAUUGCAACAUGCUUGGAACUGAGAAGUGCGGCUUUACAGUCCACACAGUCGCAGGAUGAAUUUAAGCUUGAGGAUCUGAAGAAGUUGGAACCAAUUGCAAAGAAUAUCCUCACUUAUAAUAAGGAGUUCCCCUUUGAUGUUCAACCUGUCCCACUCAGGAAGAUUUUAGCACCUGGAGAAGAGGAACACUUGGAAUUUGAGGAGGAUGAUGAGGAAGGAGGAGCUGGAGCAGGGUCUCCAGACUCUUUUCUUGCUAGAGUUCCAGGAGCCAAUGAAGGUACUUUAUUACCCAGAUUGCCGUCUGAACCCGGGAUGACAUUACUCACCAUCAACAUAGAGAAAAUUGGUCUGAAAGAUGCUGGGCAGUGCAUUGAUCCUUACAUCACAGUCAGUGUAAAGGAUUUGAAUGGGAUAGAUCUGACUCCUGUGCAAGAUACUCCUGUGGCUCUGAGGAAGGAGGACACGUAUGUCCAUUUUAACGUGGACAUUGAGAUCCAGAAACACGUUGAAAAACUAACAAAAGGUGCAGCUAUUUUCUUUGAAUUCAAACACUACAAGCCUAAGAAGAGGUUUACUAGCACCAAGUGCUUUGCUUUCAUGGAGAUGGAUGAAAUUAAACCUGGGGCAAUUGUUAUAGAACUGUACAAAAAACCCACUGACUUUAAAAGGAAGAAAUUGCAACUGUUGACCAAGAAACCACUUUACCUUCACCUCCAUCAAACAUUGCACAAGGAAUGACCCUAUUUGUGAGACUUCUGUGAACUAAACAAGUCAUGGUAGCUGUGUGUAGUAGCCUUAGCCUUCAAGGGGCAGGAAAACGACUGUAUUCAUGCCAGUAGGUCAAAUGGGACCAUCACAUACUGCACAGCACUACUACAGGGUCAGAGGCAAGCCUACCAUUCAAGUGCAAGUUUUUUCAGUACCUUCCAGAUGCAGGCUUUUCUGAGAGCCCUGAAAAAUUUUGACUGCUUUUCCUAAUUUUGCUGUUCAGAAUUUUUUACCUUAACCAUUAUUCUCCUUUGCCCCAAACUCCGUUGAGGGAUGGAGACUGCCCCUUUUCCAAAGCUGUAGCAAUAAAGAUGUGGCAGGCCUACUAACCUGUUUACACUUGCUGUGCUAUUGUAGUUCCUCUCAUCUGCAUUUCAGGGUCCUCUGUAAUGGGGCUGGGUGGCAGAAAACCAGGAAAAAGAAAAGGUGGUGUGGGAAGGAGCUUGAGCUACCGCAAGUGAUGUCAAAUGAGGGAAAGGAGGAUGCUGGGUGCGUCAAGGAAGGGAGACGAGCUGGCCUCAGGAGAGCUCCUCAGUCAGCUGGUCUUCUUUGGUCAGGCUAGGAGGAGGAGGAGAUGACUGCAGAUGAGAAAACUGAACUAUGAUUUUAACAGCUGAAUCUUAGUUCUUAGACUUGCCUGAUCCACUCUUACCAAGUUUUGGAAAAAGUAUAUAUUACAAACCUUUAAAUCACAGUUACUCCCAGGUAGAGCUAUUUUUUUUCCCCCUAUGUCUUGUCACAGAAUGAUUUGCAAAGAUGGGCAGAGGAAGAAGAGAGGCUUCCUUUAGGGCCUCAUCCUCACCCCUAGGUGGCGGGGUGAAUUUUACCGUUUUGGUGAUAGCAGGACAGGCCCCUCAGUGUUCAACAACGUCAAUUUUCCAGAGCUUUUAAUAAAGUAGAUCUGGCUAGCAGGUUGACCCACCUUUUACAUGAAACUGCUGUUUUUAUGGAAACUGAUUGUAUGCAGUUUUUUGCAUAUUUGUGCAAGUCUGGAAACUUACUCUAAAAUUACCUUUUUAUGUAAGUAGAUAGGAUUAUCAUUUAUUUUCUUUAUUAUUGAUUCAGUGUGUAAUAAGCUGCAGGACAUUGGCUUAUUUUGACACACAAUUUCACUCACUUUUUGACCUAAUAAAGGGACAGAAGUAGAACCCAGUCAAAUCUUUCAUAUAUUUGAGUGGAUAUUUAAUACAAUACUUUAAGGUUUGAUAUACUUCUUGCGUAUCUAACUCGUGCCUAAAUAUUCUGCUAUGCUAACAAAAGACCCAGCCCUCAAAACCAUGUCAAACGUUAGGUUGAUUUUAAACCGUCUGGAUGCAGAUGUUUGUUUUACUAAUUCUUCUUUUCUGAAAUGUAACACUAGGAUGUUGCAGAAUGCUUUUAAAAAAAAGGAUUUUACUUCUCCUUGUGGUUUAUUUGUCUGUUCAUAAGGAGGUGUUCAGAAUUCUGUUUGCUUUACAGAUAAGGACAUUCAGAAACAGCUUUUUAUCUUCUCUCCUUUCCUCUGUUCUGGCAUAAAAAUUGAGGAUGUAAACUUUCCUCACUGAACAUAAUUAUUUAACUCUUAUGACAAAAAACAGCAACAGUUACUCAAAUUCUAUUUAUGGUUGGAAAAAAAUACAGAAGUGCAAUUGUAUUUUCCUGUUUACAGGUCUUUGAAAGAAACCCCCCCCCCCCCCCCCAGUGGUAUUACAGCUGAUAUGUCAGAUUACCAAGCCCUGAAAAGAUAUCCCCAUGAGUUAUGGAAAUACCUCUAAUUGAGGCAUGCCAGAUGAUACCUUACAAAUGAUGGAUACAUUCUUAAAAACAAAACAAAAGCAGCAACUUUAUCCCUCAAACUCUAUAAAAAGGUUGGACAAAUCCUGAUGGAGCAAAACAUUAGUUAAAUUUCUACAGUUACAAGUAAAUCUGAGUUAAGUCAAUAGCUGUAUUAAUUUGCCAACAGUGCUUUGCUGGCUCAGGCCUCUCCUAACCUAAAAAUCUAUAGCACCAGGCUUUUUUGCGUGACGCAUACAUCUCGUCUUACUCAGCAAGUGGAUAUUCUGCAGCUCUGUCCUUAGUCUAACAUCCUACUGUUUCUUUUAGUGUCACUCAAUACCUGGUAAAAGCACUGAACUAAGCUGUGCGUUCUGCCUGCGACUAACAGCGCACUCACCCUCCUCCUGCUGCUCCCAGAGGAUGAUUCCUUCCAGCUGAAAGUUGUGUUAAUGCUAACUGCAGUGGGCAAGGGACAAGACAUUAAACAUCAUAAAACUUGGUGUUGGGGAAGGAAAGAUGCUAAACUAGGAGAAUCUGACUUUCAAAUACAGAUGUUCAAUGCGUAUGUAAUUAGCCACUAUUCAAAUUGAACACUUUUCAUUUGACUUACAAACCCACUGUUAUCAGCUACUUACCAUGACUCUUCCCCAGCUUGUAGAUGUCUGUAUUAAUUCCAGUUAUAUGACAUGUCAACUUUGAAGUAUUUUUGUUAAAUACAUAAGUAGAGCUUUGUAUUUAACUAAUUGUGAAGUAAUGUUUGUAGAGUGUGAAAUACCAUUUUUACAGUUGCUUCUAUCCUUUGCAUUUUUUUUUUCUGCAAACUGGCUUUCAUUGAAAGGACUACUAUUCCACAAAACACAAGCUCCUACAUGUAUUGUUUUAUGCUGAUGUUCUAUCUUGUCUUUCAUCUUAAAUCUAAAGCUUACUACUUGUACUGUAAGAAUGUAACACCUACAUGACAAGUUUAAUGGCUGCUUGUACUCUGGCAGUAAAGCUAUAAUGGCCUUUUGUUAGAUUUUUUUUUUUAUUAUUACUCCUAAUUGUUUUCUCUUCCCCCUUUUCUCCAUAAGUACUUCUGUACAGAGUAUUGUUUAAAGCUUAACGGCUUAGCAUCUAGAUAAUUGGCCUGCUAUGCCCACUAUUACAUGUCUUGCCUUCAGGGAUUUCUUUGAACGUCUGCAAGUGUACAGUGUGUUUUUAAAGCUAUCCCAUGUUCUGUGUAUAUAAACUGAUUUGAAACAAUAUAGGUUAAUAUGGUUUACUUAAAACUACUCUGCUUAAGGAAAAUUUUUUUUUUAAUUAUUAUAGCAUUAAGCGAAAAAGGCUGAAAAACACCGACUUAGUGCCAAGGAAGCUGAAUUGUUCUUGAACACAAAGAUUUAAACUCAGUUUUCAAACCUUGCUCAAUAUGCUGCUUUCUGCCCCUUCUCUUUUGAAGGCAAGAGAGGCUCUAGGAAGCCAGUUUUGAAAGCAAAAAAGUGAUUGCUAUAUUUUUUCAUUUCUAGAAGCCUCGAGCCAUAACCUGUAUUUCUGAAUUAACCACAUGAUUGUGGCAUUCAAGAGCUCAGGCUGUCCAUAGUUUCCAGCACUAAACUGCCUUUCAGUUGAGGUCUGCAUCCCCCACUGUCUUCAUAGUGGAAGCAAGUCAGCAGCAUGCUAGACCAGUUCCACAUAAGGUUAACACAAUCAUUAAUUCUACAACCUAUGCAAUUACUCAGCCUUGAUUCAGUUCUUAAACUUGAUCAUGGCUAUAGCAUUCUUUGGUUAAAUUACUGAAGCAGUGUCCUUUCUGAAUAAAAAAAAAAUGGCAUUGGAACCAAGUCUUGAGGGUUUAGCAAAAGGAAUUUUGCUUUUUAUUAUAACUUUCCUUUGAAUACAGUGUCAUUUGUGCUUCUGAUCUCUGACCAGACAUCUUUUUUUUUUUUUU